AGCCAAGUAGUUUAAUAAUAAUUUGAUACGAUUCAUAAGAUCAUGUUAAAAGUGUCCAGUGUUAUUUGGGUGUCGUCGCUACUCCUACAAAUGUUGGUCUCUAAAUCGGCAAUUGCGAGUGAUAUCGAAGCAAUAGAAGAUGACUCUUACCUCCGACCACCAAAAUUUGCUUAUCAAAGAAAAACAAUCAACUGUUUUUACUGUGACGGUGUCAUUUCGGAAAAUAUUACAGAGUGCAAUCAUGAAAAUCUGCAUGAAGAACUUCCCGAUGCGUGUACUGGAUUUUGUUACCUUAGAGUCUUUAUACCCGAAAACAAGGCCAGUAACACAAUUAUAAAGCGAGGCUGUUCAAAAUACUCGAUUAACGCUUGCAUGGAAGCGGAGGACAUUGCAGGAGAAAAGUACAAGAUGUGCGUGAAAUCAUGCAAAACAGAUCUUUGCAACAUUGGUGAUAGCAGCUCUAAGAAUUUGAAUGUCAAUAACUUUCUCAUGUGGUCAUUUCUUGUUUUGUCCGUAUUUGUUAUGUCAAAAUAAGUCACGAUAAUGAACCGUAUAUUAAUGAAAUUAUGAACAACUACAUAAUUAAUGAUUUGCUUGUCUAUUAAACGACAAACUGGUACUUUGCUGUUUUGAAAUGUGACUGUUUGUUCAAGCGUAAUUUGUAAAAUAUUAUUAAUUUAAGUUUGGCGGAAUAAAUUCUUUAUA